GAAUCAUCAUCACAUCACUCAUAUCCCGCAAUUUAGUGGCGGCAUGCUUAUGAGAUCACUUCAUCUGCAUUAACAAUCAGCGCUCAGCCUGGAGAAUUAAUAAGGUGAUAUGUAAGCCAAGCGGUUACCCUGGUCCUCGAAGACCUAUAUAAACAGGAUAUUACUUGCUCGUCAUAGCAAGAACGCUUGCACUCCACUUUACGUCAAGCACCAACAGACUAACCAUGACUUCUACCGCCACCACCACCCUCAACUACUUGCUCGCUCCACUUGAUGGUUCUCGGCCUUACACUGACAUCAAUGCAGAUACCGCCAAUGGAAAGCCGGUCAACAACUGGCUCAAGGACCCGCAUGAAAUGCAAAUUGAGGACGUGCGCGGGAAGGAGGAACUUUACAAGCUUGACAGUGCCGGAUUUCAGUAUGGGAGAGAAGCGCCGAAGCAUACCAGCUUCUUGAAUGAUGAAGAGAUCGAGCGCGAAUACUACCCUGAGAGCAUCGACCUCAUCAAGAGGGUAACAGGAGCGACCAAAGUUGUCAUCUUCGAUCACACUGUUCGUCGCCGUCGCCCAGGCGAGCUAGGUAACAGCCCACAGAAACGUCAACCAGUCCCGCAGGCUCAUGUAGACCAAACGCCUGCGGCGUCCGUGGCUCGUGUCCAUAGGCAUCUCCCGCCCACAGAAGCUCCUGCCCUUCUUCGCAGACGUUUCCAAAUCAUAAACCUUUGGCGUCCUAUAUCGCAUGCAGCUGUAGAUUGGCCGCUUGCAUUAUGUGACUUCCGAAGCGUCGACUUCGAGAAAGAUUUGACGCCUGUCGCUCUCAUAUUCCCUGACCGCGAGGGUGAGACAUUUGGAGUCAAAUACAACCCAAACCACCAGUGGAAAUACUUGAAGGGAAUGACACCAGAAGAAUUUGUUCUUAUUAAAUGCUCUGACUCCGUACAAGAUGGGAGUGUCGCGAGGCUCGCUGCUCAUACAGCCUUCCAAGACCCGAACACCCCAGAGGGCGCGCCGCCUCGGGAAUCCAUCGAGCUGAGGACCCUGGUGUUCUAUGAUUAG